GAGGCGGCACGGGUGCUGUUUCUCCAGUCUCUUUCCCCUGUCUUUGUCUCACACACUCUUUUGUUAGCCAUGCCUAGCCUGCUGGUUCUAGCAGGGAUCAUGGAGAAAAAUGGGGGCUACGCCGGGGAUCUGGCCGGCUCCGGCUUCGGAGGCGAAGGUCUCCUUGUGCCGCCCGACGAGGAGGAAGACGACUCCCGUGCCCUCAGGGUCGCGCUGGGCCAGUUGUCUCUGCUGGGGCUCGGGGAAGGCGAGGACGGCGGCGGAGCCCCAACAACAGGAGUACAGGACCGGAGUAACAAUAACAACAACCACCACAACCACACGAACAACGUCGGAGGUGGCGGAGACACGGCGAUUCUGCAAGGGAAAAGCAAGUUGUGCGCCCUGUAUGAGAGCUCCUCAAGUGAGACGAAAGGACGAGGCUGCAACAUAACAGAAUGCGUCCCAGUGCCCAGCUCUGAACAUGUGGCCGAAAUAGUGGGGAGACAAGGUUGCAAGAUCAAAGCCCUGCGGGCCAAGACCAACACCUACAUCAAAACCCCCGUUAGAGGAGAGGAGCCUGUGUUCUUAAUCACUGGCCGGAAGGAGGAUGUUGCACUGGCCCGCCGUGAAAUCAUCUCUGCUGCAGAGCACUUCUCCAUGCUCCGGGCAUCCCGCAACAAGCUGGGAGUGUCCUUUAGCGGCUCCCCGCCCACACCUUUGCCAGGUCAGACCACCAUUCAGGUGAGAGUGCCAUACCGUGUCGUGGGGCUGGUGGUGGGGCCUAAAGGCUCCACCAUCAAACGCAUCCAGCAGCAAACCUGCACUUACAUCGUCACUCCCAGUCGGGACCGGGACCCUGUCUUUGAAAUCACAGGGUCGCCCAGCAACGCCGAGCGGGCCCGCGAGGAGAUUGAAGCACACAUCGCCUUCCGAACAGGAGGCCUGCACGACCACAAUAAUGAGAAUGACUGUCUGGGGCCGAAUGGUGGAAGCAGCCCAGCGGGCAGCAGCGGUGGUCUGGAGAGCCGGCUACAGCAGGUGUGGGGGCUGCAGGGGGGCCAGCGCAAGCCUCUCACCAGCAGCUACCGCCAGAACUUCUCAGAUGCCAUGGUUGGAGGGGGAGGAGGAGGAGGAGGAGGUGAGGGAGGGGGAAUCUACAACAAGAGCAACUUCUCCAGCUCCGGGGAGAAGCCUUGCUCUUAUUUUGGAUCAGAGGGUACCCAGAGCUGGGGCGAUCCCGACUACCCCAAACAGGUGGCCUUCUACGCCCAGCAGCGGUCCAAGAGCUUUGGAGGCCUCCCACUCCCCCUGACCAGACUCUCCCCUGGCUUAUCCGAGUCCUGCGGAGGUGGAAGCAACAACAACUCUUCAGUCACCAGCAUUGUGCCCGUAUCCGGCUCACCUCACGCCCAGGCCCGCCGCGCCCACAGUGAGCCCACCUCAGCCGGCGAGGGUUUCCCAGGCCGUCUGCCAGUGCCGGACUCGCCACCGGCCACUGUGCGGGACUGCAUGACCUGCUUUGAAAGCAAAGUGACGGCUGCCUUGGUGCCCUGUGGCCAUAACCUCUUCUGCAUGGAGUGUGCCAUCCGAAUCUGUGAGCUCAACCACCCGGAGUGCCCAGUGUGCCACACCCAGGUCACACAGGCCAUCCGAAUAUUCUCUUAAGGAACCACAUCAGUUUUUAUCAUUAGUUUUGUCAGUGUUCGUUCAAUAAUUAUUUACUGUUAUUAUGAUUAUUAUUAUUAUAAAACACAUUUUUGUUUUUCAGAAAAUUUACAAACAAUCAAGCAGAUAUUUUAGAAGGCACUGCUUGCUUUACUAAAAAGUAUAAGAAAUAUUUUUAAGUUUUUCUUUUAUAUAUAUAUAUGCAUAUAUAUUUUAUAAAAGUUUUGUUUAUAAGAGAAGUAUAGUACCUUGCAUUUUCGGUUUUUUGACUGCUGCUGUUUUUCAUUCAUGAAUCACAGUGUAGGCAGAGGUAGACAGUAAUGUGAACAUUUUAUUAUUCAAAAUUUUUUAUUUUACCAUGAAGUGGGUUUAUAUGGAAGGAAGAAGAUGAUUGUUGAGGUACCUAAUCUGCACCUGACUGACCCAGAAAGUUAAUGUUGUUAUCAGAAGGAAAAAAAAAAGAAUUUCCAUUGCACCUUACAAUCAUCUUGGUCUAAAAUAGGAUUUUUAAUCAUACCUUGACAUUUUGGGAGCUGAUGUGAAGGUGAAUUCUGCUUUUUCAGUUUUUACUGUGAUUUGUGGUUUGAUAUUAUUGGCCCAAAUAGAUAUUCAUUUUAGCUUAACGGAAAUGUGAAUAGAUUGGUUCGAGUCAAAGCCUUGUAAUCUUUACAAGAAAACAAAAGACAGCCCACUUAUUUCAUUUUUACACCUUAAAGUCUUAUACACCAGAUUGAUGCCACAAAUAGGACAUUGCAUCAUUUAUUUAUGCUAAUUGGUCACAUUUUAUUGGUGUCAUCAUUCACAGGGAUAGAUGAAAGUUGUAAGAAGUAUCAGUAACCAGUUUCCAGUAACCAUUGGUUACACUUUGGUCACUGCAGUUUGUUGAAAAGAUUCAGUAAUGCUUGCUCCUCGUGGCACUUGAAAAGCAUGUGGUUGGCUUAAAGCACUGAUUUAAUUUGAGGCCGAAAGCCUUGGAAUUCAUCCAGUUGGCUAGUUCUCGAUAUCUGUCUCCCCAAUGGACUUGUUUCAAAGCCACCUUAACCAUGCUUUAUUGUCUUGUGUGGUCAUUUGGCCACAGUCGCUGAACGAUAUAGGACACUGCAAGAGCUCCAGAUAACAAGCAUUUCAACGUAGACGAGAGUAAAUAAAGAGGAGAAUUGGUAUGUGGACAGAAGCCGAGUAAAAUGUAAAAUGUUUCCUGAAUCAGCAGCAGACUCCGAUUUAAAAUAGUUGACACUGUAAAAUACAGAGUCCCAAAUCAGUAAUCCUUACUCCACGUCCCCCUUUAUGUGUGAGCUCCGAGGGGCCAGCUGUCUCCCCUGCAAUUAGCAAAGCUGUACAGGAGCAGGUGUUUCAUGGCACAGUGUAGCUGUGACCCCAAGUUGGAGGUCUCGCCUAGCACCCUUUCUUUCUCUCUUUUCUUUGGGAGUGGCUUUUAUGUCUCCCCCUGCUUACAGUUUGAUCGUUUUGCUUUCGAAAGGCCUCUCUGACUGGGGCGUAUUGUCUGGGCCCGGUAGCGGCGUGGGCUGCAGAGUGCUCGGACACGGCCUGGAUCUACUCAUUGAUAAUUAGGCAAAUGGGUUGGUCCAGGUGCGGACCGUGAGGAGGACUCUGGAACUGUAUGAGGGGUACGACAGGGUCCCGCAGCGAGCCCCAUACUUCCCCGCCCCACUGUAACAAGCACAGAGGGGGCUGGAUGGUCGGGGAUGCAGCUGGGCGAAUAGGACCCCCUCCUUCCACUCCCUCUUGCCCCUUCCUCCCCCCUUUUCCUCUCCUUUUCUGCUGCUCUGAGCUAUCCCUACUGGGGAGAGGGGGCCUCUUUUGUCCCAAAACACACACACACACACACACACACACACAGAAUUUGAAAGACACUAGCUGAAUUUGGCAGCGCCUGGGAAAUGAGGAGAGGCUUAGGAGCAAAAUAAAUUAUCUACAGUUAUCAGGAGACACCCCAGUUACCUGUUUUCAACGUUAAUUUGCCAUAGAUUCUUUUCCAAAUUAUGAAAAUGUACAUGUCCCAUACAAAACAGAGGAUUGCGUGAUCUCAUCACACGGGGUGCAGCAUUAACUCCCCCUCCACUCCCCCAACAGCACCGCCCUGAAAUUUGGAUAGGGGUCCUGUUUGUGUGACAGCGCCAGUGCAGAUCAUGUCAGCUCGCUACUGUAUGGGACACAUCCUGCAGCUGCCCCUUCACUAUGGACACCCGGGCUUCAGCCAAUGGCAGCCCCCCUUGCUUUGCGCUUCCAGAAUGAAAUCAGACAAUUGUAAUUGACAGGAAAGCAGAGGAAACGCCCCAUUUAACCAGCACUCAUGCUGAAUCAAAUUACACACCCUCUGCGUCUGCCUUAGACCCAGCCUGGGGAUUUCUGAGGGCUGGAGGAGAGCGGAUGGGGGUAGGGAUUAAAGCUGUUGAAUGAUAGGAGGGAAGGUAGUGGGGGUGAGAAAGAGAGGAGUAUGCUCCAAAAAAAAUGAAACCGUGCAGAUCUAGAAAUUGUAUUGAUCAUUCAAGUCCUGCAGCAAGUUUUGAGUUGUCUCAUGUGGGCCAGUGCUGAUGACAGGAAACCUUUCUUGUGUUGUAUUGGAGAACUUUUCAACUCGGCUUCUGUCUCAAAAAAAAAAAAAAAAAGAUCAACCAUUACAGAUUGUGUCUUCCAGCACACAAAAGCCUCUGCUUUCAAAAAACAAAGAUAUAAAGCAGACCACUCGCAUUAUGUGUGGACUGCAGGGAGAGCACCGUACUUGCAGAAAGUACCCUGAAAUCUAUCAGAUGUAGAAAUAAAGAAUAGUUAUGAUUUUAUGGAUGGAGAAAUUGCACAGUGGUUUGGCCUAAGCUUUCAACGUCACAUUCAAGGCAGUAUGACACUGUUCUUUGAACUUUGUAUUUUUUAUUUUGUUUUCUGCCUAUAUAUUUUUUAUUCAAAUAUUGCCAUUACUUUGGCAUACAAGGUAGCAACUUUGGCCUUUUGAUAGAACCGCCCCCUUAAACAACUUUUAAAGUUCUUAUUUUUGGAGAAAAUAAUGUGACUCAAACUGUUUGGGUGGGGAUAAGAGGGAUUCAGGAAAUUAGGCUCUUAAAAACAAUUUACUUAAAUUACAGAGUAAAGCACCUUAUUACAAAAUGCGCAUUUGAUUAAUACCAAACCGACCACUGAUGGUGAAGUACAUUUCAUAGAAGUUGAAAGACAUGCACAUAAGGAUUCCCUAUCAUUUUUUUGUAUUAUGGUGGUUCUUGUUCUUCUUAAUACUACAGUAGUACUAGUGGUCAUGUGGGAGACCUCUCAUCCAUUUAGUCAGUGCUAAUGACUUGGUUGGGUUUUGCACUGGCUUAAUGAAGAGAGGGCUUAUUGGAGAUUCUCCCUGUUUAGACGCUGUAUAAGUUAAUAAGUAUUGUACUUUAUGGAAAGCACUCUGAGCAUCUAUGUAAAUACAGUAUGUGUAUCAGUUAUGAACAUCCAAAGGCCUGCUUGAAGUGAGGUUUUGAUUAUUUUUUACAAGCUGAGGGUGUCAUUGUCAACAUUUUAGCAUAUGGAAUUCAAAAUGUCUCUGAGUUUUAGGGAGAGUAAAUCUUUUAUAUAUGCGUCCCAUCAUCUGUUUUGACUAUAAUAGUAUAUCAGAUAGAUCCAUACAUUUAAGAAAAAUUAUUUAAACUGAUUAACUUAGUAUUUCAUCCAAAUAUAUAGAUGAGAAAUGAACCAUACACUAUUAUAAACUGUAAUAAUGAAUAUCCUUUAUGAUGCCGCUGAUGUAUAAAUCAAAUCUCAAAUAAAAACGGGAAUGAAUAGUAUGUGUAAUAACCCCUAAUGAAUAAAUCAGUUUCUAUGUAUAUUAGGAUGAAAAGCAAUAAUAGGACUAUACUGGGACAAUAAACAGAGGAGCCUGCUUAGUCAGUUCUUUAAAUAAUAUUCUAUUCAGAAAUUGACCUUGAUUAUUAGGAUGAUACCAUUGCAUUUCUGUCUCAUAUCUGCUUAAAAUUCAUUAUGGAUUCAUGCCAGUGUAGAAACAGAGAUAUAAUUCAUUAGUAACCGUUUCAGGAUAAGUAAUUGUUCUUAUUGUGUUCAUCAGGUCAUUUUUUUUUUAAGUCAUUUUGAUUGUUUGUUUAAUUUUUGUUACGUUGAAUAUCAAUCAGGUCACAGGGUGGGUCAAGGAUUCCUUGUCCUGAAAUGAUAAAACUGCAAUUUCUGUGACUUAGAGGAAAUCUCAUUGCGCUGUAAAAGUGAUCUGUCAAGUGUAAACAAACAACAAGAGCAGAGCAUAAGCACCGAGGUCUGUCCUGUUUGUUAAAAAGCAGGAGCUGGUGAUUUUGCUUAUGACAGACUGAUGUCUCGAAGGCUUUGGUCGAAAACACAGCAGGGAGAAGAAGAGGGUAGGACAAACAUGAUAUGAUGUGCUGUACCAGUCACUCAUGUUGAUUCUUUACCCUCAUUAGUCCUUAAGUUACAUACAAGGGCAGAGGUGUUACUUAUAGCAUAUCUUAAGAUGAUUUCUGUUUACAUAGUAAUGAUAUGUUUCAUGACUCUAUUUUAUAUUUGUUUUGCAUCUACUUUUUUUUUCAUCUGUAUUGUUUUUGAAAGAAAAAGGUCAGACAUAGCCAAAGAACAAAACACACGAAGAGGACUUACCACUUUAAGUUAACUUUUUUUAGAAUCAAAAUCAACUUGGUUAAGAGUUUAUCGAAUCAGGAUUAUUAAGAAAUAAUCUCAUAGCUAGAAUUACUCUGUUUACCCAAAAGUCUUAGAGGCCACUCAAUCGAUAUCUGUGAAAUGAAGGCAUAUCAUGUUUCAGUGUUGUAAGAUUAGUUUAAUACUACAGAGGCGCCGGUAACAGACUUACUUCUCCCCAAAGAGAUCAGCUUAAAGCACAUCCUGGCACUUACACAGUCCUUUGAGUAGUUUUCUAUUGUCAUGGUUAGGUUAAUGGGAGAAAAACAGUCCAGUGAAUGUCUUAAUCGUUCUGAAAAGCUUGCCUGAUCUGGUUGAGUUCAGAUUUUAAAAAAAAAUUUAAAAAAAAGAGGACUGCCCAUGUGUUUAAAAACAAAAACAAAAAAAGAAGACUGUGAUGACAAUGACAAGCCAGUGAAAAUUCAGGCUGAAUUCCUAAUUUUUAAGACCCUCAGAGUAAACCGUAAGGGAUUAGAAUAGAUGUUAACAAGGUGGCAGUGUGAUGGUGAACAAAACAGCACUGUGGUUUUAGUUAAUAUCGCAUAGAGAGCCAUUAACUGUAUCCUUAAGUUUAACUGCAUGUUAGUAAAAUAUAGUACAGUAGGUAAGAUUUAUCAGGAAAAAAAGUUAAGAUCUCAUAAAGAAUUCAUCAGCCUGAUACCUGAAGUGUAUAAAAAGCUUUAAGACCUUUUAAGUGAACAUCGGUUUAAAAUCAUAUAUUUACCGUGUAGUUUAACUAAUUGAUACAUUAAGUUUAAUUAUGAUUCUUAAGAAUAUGCUAAGGUGUAAGUUUCAUUUGUCCAGCACACCCAAUAUGAAAAAGUUUUUAAUUCAGUGGAGCAACAAAGGGGUGGAGUGACUCAGUGACAUUUGAUUCAUUAAGUUCUUGUUAGUAUUAUUUACGAUAUUGUAUUAAGCUUACUAUUAUAGUAAUGGUAGAAACUGUUGAUGUUUUUUCUUCUCUUGAUAUGAAAAGGUCUUUAUGCAUUUAUGUAGAAUCCCUUUUAAGGAGUGAUAGGAAAUCCUUAUUUUCAAUGGAUGCACUUAAGCAAUUGUACCAACCUGUCUAAAUCACACAUUGAGCAAGUAAUGCAUUUGAAUGUUUAAAAAAAAAAAAAGAAGAAAAAAAGACCACUCAACUCAAUGCACUCCUUAUGCUUAUUGUUUUGUCAAUUUACAAGUGAGCUUUAAGUUUUUGUUUGUUUUAUGGAGAGAAUUUGCGAUAGGUUUUCAACGUAGACUAUAUUUGAGUUCUUCCACAUACAUUUAUAGAAAGUAACUUAAAAUGAAUAAAAAAAAUAUUACAGUUUCUCAAAUCUAUUUUGCUAACAUGGGUUAUUAUUUCAUAGAAAGCAGAGGAAAAAAAAGUCAGUAUCUGGAUGUUAUUUAUGAAAAGUAAAAAAAAAAAAAAUGAAGCAACAUAUUUAUGAGUAAUCUCAAGACAUUUUGUUUUUUAAUUAAAAUGACAAGAAGUUAAUAUAUUUCUAAACACAGGGAGGUCAGUUUCUACUAGUAAGUAAAAUGAGAAAAGAAGUUUAGAAGUUUUAUUUAUGAAAGCUGUGGACGCUCACCUUUCUAUGUACUUCAUGCUAAAUGAUGUACAUGGAACGAGAGUUCCCCAUAGCUGAAAUUUUAACUUCAGACAUGCACUACUUUAACAUCAGUGCAUUCACAAUGGAAUAAUUACAGAAAAUAAUAUAAUAUUUUUUAGAAUUUGGAGAUAUUUUAGUCACAGAGCAUCAAUUUUGUGCCUCAAUUAUAUAUUUUUCCUGCAUCAGCAUUCUUUGUGCAGUGCUGCUUGCUGUAACCCCCUUCAACUAACCCCAUGUUACUGACUGAAACACAUAACUCAUUUCCUCUGUAAUCUAAACUCGCUUUUACUUAUCAAACGUAUAAAACAUGUUACGACUGCAAUGCUUGGAAUGAAUGAGGCAGCUGUGACCCUCUCGCCAAUGGGGCCACACAUAACUUGUACACACUUUCAUUCACACAUUUUUCUACAUCUACUACUCGGGACAGUUUGUGAUGAAUAGUGACAGAGCCUAAUCAGCUUAGAGGAAGCCUUUUAUGAGAGACUUUCCCUAAUGUGUUAAUUAGGUGAAGUGUGCAAAUCGAGCGAAGGCACCUGGGAGAGGACAACAGCGCACCGAGUAGUAGAUCUAUGUAACUUGAUGCACACAUAUACACACAACAGGUUCAUUACCGUACUAGCUUGCAUGUAUGUUGUAUGGUCACUUAGACAGGAGAAAUGGUGCAGGGCCUGUGUUAUGCUUUAACACCAGUGCACUUGUUUCUCCUCUGUAGAUUUUCAUAGUUGGAGUCUCUUUGGAAACUGAAAAAAGUUGACAUGAGUUUGGAGCCAGGCAAAGAGACCAUUUCAGUCCCCACAUCAAAGUUGGAUUUUGUAUUCUCAGUUACCUGUUGAAAUGAUGAAAGACUGUUUGCACCUCAUAUGAAUUAACUUGAAGUUCCUAGUUUGUGUACGAGUUGAUACAGAUAAGAAAAACUUGACAAAAACACUACAAUGGCACAUUUUCUGCUGCACGUAAAGGAUGGGGACUGAAGUGGCGCUUGCUGGUGAAACUCGCAACCUUUUCCAAAGAGGCCACUACAGUCUGACAGUUUGUCUUUGGUAGCGUUUCCAAUUUUUUCCAGCACAGUAGAGGUGUUUCAUACCGGUCUAAUAGUGGUUGUAGUGCAUUAGCUUUUGGGCCAGCAUCAGCUGGCGUUAGUUUCUGGUUUCUCUGUGAACAGUGAAAGAGGGUUGCCAAUGUGACCCUCAGUGGCUGACCGUCAACUUUGAUGGAUGGAAAAAAA